AUGAAUUCAUUACUCUCUAUAACGAGUCCAUCUCACUACGCAACAAGAUCGAUACCUUAUUUAUGGAGGCCGAUGGUGUAUCACGAGAAGUAAACGAUCCAGAGGUAGGAAUGAAGCCAAAACUUCUCAAGGCACUAAAAGAAAAUAGGUUGGUAAAACAAGAGGUUCAGAAUACUAAAUUUGUGGUAGAGAUGCUAGAGUAUUUGAGUGAGCUUCGGACCUCUGAAAAACGAUUUCAAGAAUAUAUGAGUCAGGGUCGAAUAGAAGAGGCAGCUGGUAUCAUUACAGAGAUGGAUCGGUUAUUGGAAUCUCCUCCGAUACAAUCGAGUCAACAAAUACACAUUUUGGACAGAUUAAAAAUGCAACUGACAUCUAUGAAGGAAUCUUUAGAUCAAAAUCUCGAUGAUUUGUUAAAUGAAGCAAUCUGUUUCAAAAAAACCGGCGCAGAUGACGCCGACGGUUUUAAUCUCUCAGUCUUGUCUGCUGUGGAAAAGGACAAUUCCACAACUCUCCUAACGUCCGUAUUUAUUUCCCUCACGGAAAUUGAUUCAAUAAACAUGCAGCUCUCGAGAUUAAAAAAAAAUGUGAUGAAAUAUCUUGUUACACCGUUGUUAAAACAUCAGAAUGUCUGGAAAGCAUCAAUCAAAAUCGAAGGCGACCUUAAGGCUAGCUUAUUUAUUGGUUCAACUUUGGAAGGAGAAAAUAUUGUAGAUUCCAGUCAAGAUGGGGUUUUUAAGUCUUUGACCGUCAUAUUUCAGUUUAUAUAUACGUUUAUAUUCGGCGGAAUUGAUCCGAUAUCCAAAGAGACUUUGAUAUUUUCGAUUGCCUCACAAUAUGCGUCUACCUUUGGAAAGUUUAUUGCUCAUGACCUACGUGACAUUGUAAUUAGUGAAUACCUCUCGCAUGUGAUUCCAACGGAGAUCAGUGAAUUCAAACGUUUUGAAGAAGUAUCAAAUGCAGUUAGGUGUUUCCAGUCAGAAAUGCGUAGGAUGGGAUUUAUGCGGACGCCUCAAGAAGGAGAAGAGGAAGAGGAAAGUACUUUAGGAGCGUAUGUAGCAAAAGUAGAUAUUCUUUUUACCAUUAAAAAAAGGGACAAAUUAUUAGAACUUGGACGAAAAAUUAUGCUCGAUGAAAGCUUUGAGAGCUUGUCAAUUACCAAGGAAGAAUCAGAAGCUAUCAUCGAAGAAAUGGACGUUGCAAAAAUAGCAGAGGACGAAUUAGAAACCGAGAAUCGGCAAAAUGGUGCAGACACUACUACACAAAGUAAUCCGAAUGAAGGUUGGGAAGUUGAUUGGAAUGAAGAAUGGGACGAUGACGGUUGGGGUAAAGAUGAUUCGUCAAAUCAAAAUGGUGCUUCGAAUAAGAAGAACUCAGGCGAAUCAUAUGAAGUGGAGAAAGAGCCGAUGAAAUACGCUAUAACAGUCAAAUCCAAACCUCUGAUAGACUUGACAAUCAACACUUUAAAUGAAGCUCGAAACUUAAAUCCAAAAAGCGGAAUACGGCUUUAUCAAGCAACUCUAGAUCUCUUUGAUCUUUAUCGGGCAAUCAUGCCCGUAUAUCAUUCGGAGGAUUUUGUCAAUGACCCUUCUCUGACCAUGUUAUUUCGCAAUGAUUGUGUGUGGUUAGCUGACCAACUGAUAACUGUCCAAGAUGAUUAUAUCAAUUGUUUAUCAUCAUUGGACUCUAAUAACCUGGAUGGUGGAAACAAUAAAAUUUUAUAUAAUGAAGCUGCCGAUAGGUUACGAGAAUUAGGUUCUGAGUGGUGGGAUAUACAAUUGGAUAAACAAAAAUCGCUAUUUAGAAAGGAUUUAGAUGAAAUGGGUGGUGUACAACAAUCUGCAAACGAUGAAAGGUUUGAAAUUUGUCAACGUACUAUGAACAAGAUAGUGGACAAAAUGAAUCACUUGUCCAGGAUAUUGAAGGGGAUUUUAUUGCCUACAGAAUACUAUUCGAUAUUGGGCAUACUUGUAGAUGAGGUACUAACGAUUAUGAUCGAAAACCUGGAAGAUUUAUACGAUAUCUCUGCUGAGGAAUCAAAUCAAUUGAACCUGAUUUAUUCCAGGUUAUUGAUUUUAGAGAAUAUAUUCAAUAAAAAUAAGCCAAAUACAAUUGAGAAUAAUGUCAAGAGCUGGAACAAAUUCCGCCAGAUUACAGACAUUCUUGUGCUUUCUUUUGCUGAAAUAAUGAACAGAUUUCGCGCUUCCGAGCUUGACUGUUUUACAACUAAAGAAUUGGAGGGUCUUAUAUGUGCAUUGUUUGCAGACACUGAACUGAGAGAACGAAAUUUGCAAGAAAUCAAUGAUGGGCAUCCCCACCGGGGGAAUCGAUAA